GAACGGCCGGGCCCGGAAGCGGGGCGGGCGGCCCGGCCGAAGCCGGCCAUGGAGGGUGGUCCCGCCGGUCGGGCGUCGCCGCGCGAGGGGCCGGGCGAGGAGGAGGCCGAGCUCCAGGGAGCUGCCUGGAGCGGGGACAGCGGCAACGUGUCCCAGAGCCACAGCAGCGCUUCGGGGCCGUGGGAGGACGAGGGCCCCGAGCCGGGCGCGCCCGGCCGCGACCUGCCGCUGCUGCGCCGCGCCGCCGCGGGCUACGCCGCCUGCCUGCUUCCCGGAGCCGGGGCGCGGCCCGAGGUCGAGGCCCUGGACGCCAGCCUGGAGGACCUGCUCACCAGGGUGGACGAGUUCGUGGGCAUGCUGGACAUGCUGCGCGGGGACUCGUCCCACGUGGUCAGCGAGGGCGUGCCUCGCAUCUACGCCAAGGCCACGGAGAUGCGGCAGGUGUACAGCAAGAUCGACCGGCUGGAGGCCUUCGUGGCGAUGAUCGGCGCCAGCGUGGCCAGGAUGGAGGAGCAGGUGGCCCGGGCGGAGGCCGAGCUGGGCGCUUUCCCCAGCGCCUUCCGGAAGCUGCUGCACACGAUCGCCGUGCCCUCCUUCUUCCACAAGGCGUCCUCCGGCAGGCCCCAACCGGGCGCCUACGAACCGCCCGUCCUGUUCCGGACCGAAGACCACUUCCCCUGCUGCAGCGAGAGACCUCAGGUCUGAGUCCGCGGGACGGCGCCGGUCGGGGGCGCUGCCCGAGAGCGCCCUCGGGCGUUAAGUCCCGGGGACGUGCUGGUGGCAGGCCGGCGGGGGGCUGCCUGUUGCAUACCCGCGUGCCUCGCCGCCUGCGUGAUUGCAUGUGGUUUUCCGUGUCUCCCGAGCCGAAACGAGGCCUGCCUGGUCGGGGGGUCGUCGGGGAAGCUGAACGAACCAGCUCAUCGGGGCGCUGCGGCACAACCGUUCUUUUUAUGGGUUUUACAGCUCAACCAACAGUGUUCACCUUUCCAGAGUUUCUAUAUUUUAUACGCUUAAGAAGAACUGCCGAGGGCUUCAGAGCCUUGUUAUUUCCAUCCUAAUGGCGAUUCCAUUUUCUGUAGCUUAGUUUCAGGGUAGAUGGUAAGUUAUUUCACGUUCUAUGAAGCUUUUCACAUCAUGGGUCGUAAACGGAAGGAUCAUACACUUUCUGAGAAGAUGUAUUGAUUUAUUGCAGCUAAUUCUGAAGUUGAAUUUGACACUGGGGCCUCAGAAUCUUAAUUUGUCCACGGCAAACGUCUGUGGUUGCUAACAUUUUGGCUUAUAACUUAAAUAUUAAUAAAAAUUCUAGCUUUUAUCGGAAAAAGCUUUUCUUCUGAAAA